AAAGAAAAAGUUGAGAGGUGCGGUUGCACGUACAGAGAGAGAGAGAGAUCGGGGGAGUGUACGAGAAAAAGAAAACAAACGGCGUAGCUUCGCCUAAGAGAAGUGGCGGUGAAGUUGAGACUCAGAGCGCGCGAUCCAAAACUCGAGAAAUCGAAACACUCUAUGAUCAUCAUCUCUUAGUAUAUAUAUAUACUUCCACAAUCGAGAGAAAGAAAAAGAAGAAGAAGAAGCAGCAAUAAGCACUACUCAUAGGUAUUAUUAUUCUUAUCAUUGCCGUUUUAUCAUCAUGAGCACCGAAAAGGAGAAAACAUCUUCACCUUCUCCUUCCGUCGAGCUCUGCAAGGGCUUCAAUGGCCUCGAGAAGGUUCUCCUCCGCGAAUCGCGUGGUUCCUCCGCCGAGGUGUAUCUGUACGGUGGCCACGUGACUUCUUGGAAGAACGACCAUGGCGAGGAAUUGCUUUUUCUCAGUAAUAAGGCUAUAUUUAAGCCUCCAAAGGCAAUUCGUGGAGGGAUUCCACUAUGCUUUCCACAAUUUGGAGGCCUUGGUACCCUGGACCAGCAUGGAUUUGCUAGAAAUCGAUUCUGGACCAUUGAUGAUGACCCUCCUCCUUUUCCAACAAAUACUUUGAGCAAAGCCUUUGUUGAUUUGAUUCUUAAGCCCACUGAAGAAGACACGAAGAUUUGGCCUCACAGUUUUGAGUUCCGUCUUAGGAUAGCUUUGGGACCAGGAGGAGAUCUGAUGCUGACAUCCCGGAUCAGGAACACAAACAGUGAGGGGAAGCCAUUUUCGUUCACCUUUGCAUAUCAUACAUAUUUCUCUGUAUCAGACAUAAGUGAAGUUCGGGUAGAGGGAUUGGAGACCCUGGAUUAUCUUGAUAACUUGCAGAACAAGGAGCGCUUUACUGAACAGGGGGAUGCUUUAACGUUUGAAUCAGAAGUUGACAAGAUAUAUCUUAGCACUCCCACAAAGAUUGCAAUUAUUGAUCAUGAAAAAAAGAGAACAUUUGUUGUGCGUAAAGAUGGCCUUCCUGAUGCUGUGGUGUGGAAUCCUUGGGAUAAGAAAGCAAAGGCCAUGGCUGAUUUUGGUGAUGAUGAGUACAAGCAUAUGCUUUGUGUAGAGGCUGCUGCUAUUGAAAAGCCUAUCACUUUGAAACCCGGAGAAGAAUGGAAAGGAAGGUUAGAGCUUUCAGCUGUGCCCUCUAGUUAUCGCAGUGGACAACUUGAUCCCCAGAGAGUUCUUCUGGGAAGCUGAAUGAUCAUUGUUGUGUUCUGUGUCCUGUACAGAUUUAUCUGCAGGUAGCCUGUUGCAACAUUUAUGGAUGUUGAAAGGAAAGUGUCUCAGUAAUUUUGCCCCUUCAUGUUUCAUUUAAGUCGGUGUUGGACAGAUGAACUCAUGUUGGAUAGAAUUUAUUAAACUUUUGUUUUUUCCCCUGUAAUGGAUGACUAGUGUGGUCAUAACAGACUGCACAAAGCAUAUUAAGCUGAAGAGACCACACAGUUGUUGCCAUGGAAGAUCAAAAUUACAGCCUACAAUUCAACAGAUUUUCACGUUGGGUUGAAUGGCCCAGACCCAGAGGGAUUCCUUUUGAAUUCAGUCUUUUUGGGUUCUUAAAUCCCUACAAAUUGUUUAUUUCUAAAUGUUGUAGGCCAAUGAACACAUCUUUUGAAGAGUAUUUUAUUUAUAAUGCCAAAGGAAUGUACAACACAAGAACUAUUGAAAGGUCAUUUUAAAUGUUUCUGGGUUAUUUGUUACAUGGUCCUAUGUUUGCUUAAAUGAUUACUUUUUCUACCUUCGCCGUAUAAACAUAUUUUACCAAGCAAUGCUGUUCGUCUUGGUGGAUGAGUAAUGUAUAGCUGAUAAAAUUAGGAGACCUUUUUCAUUUUUCCUUUUAAUCACCUUCAAUCAUCUGUUAUCAUA